AUGUCAUUCAGUGUUUCCAGUCGAGCACAGCGACGUGAACUCCACCCUGAAAGGUGUGCUGCACUACCGGCAUCCGAACUUUUCGCGAUGUCCAUUGUUCUCAUCUGCCGUGCAAAAGUGUCUCUGCCUCUGGGUUCCCAGCACUCCGGUCGUCCAGCUGUAGCACCCUUUCAGUGCCUAGCUGCGAUGCCACACGAAGGAGGCACGAGGGCUUGGAUACUGCCAGUUCGCCCUAGCCUAGACAGGGGAAGUCGAGCGGCAGAGAUGUUUGGUGUUCUUCAGCGCUUUGCCCGUAGAAUGGCCAUCCCUGGAUGCUUUCUCACGUGGGAUACAAGUGUUACUUCACUGAACUCGCGCACCGAUUCCCUUAUCAAAAGGGCGCGUGCGGUUUAUGAUCAAAUCGGAUCUGUUUCAAAUCCCACAUGGCGAUCUGUUGCUCAGUCUCUUUCUUAUUUCGAGGCAGAAUAUUCUGUUGAGAAGGAGAUGUUGACCUUCCCGCAAUAUGUGUUUCCGGAUAAGAGUGUCAGAGACGCAAGUUGUGAUGCUGCUCGCAAGAUAUCGGAUGUCGAAGUUGAGCUUGAAAUGCGGAAAGACGUCUUUGAUCAAUUUGUGCAUAUCCAAUCUCACCUGGACUCGACUGUACCAGCUGAAAUGAAGCGAUAUGUUGACAGAAAAGUUCGUGACGGACGGCGAGCAGGUCUACAUCUGGAUGAAAAAGGUCGCAAGAAAAUUGAGGAGCUGUCGAAAGAAGAGAAUCGGUUAUGCAUAGAUUUCCAGCGAGCGUUGGAUGAAGAAAAUACGGUGCUUGAGUUUACAGAGGAGGAAUUAGCCGGCUGUCCAGAGGACUUUCUCAGGGGUCUUAAGAAGUUAAGAUUUAUCACCCUUUCGGCGCCUAACUGCCAUGCCACCGGAAGAAAGCAUGAGGGCCGGGAUACUGCCAGGUUGCCCAAAUCUAGACAGGGGAAGUCGAGAUGCAGAGGUCGGGUUCGAACCAUGGAACUAUCG